AUGGCGGCGGGCGGGGCCGUGCCGCUGCUAGGGCUGGCGGCGGGUGCGGUGGUGCUGGCGGCGCUGCUGUGGCGGCGGCGGGCGGCGGCGGCGGGCGGCGCGGGGCGGGUGUGCGUGGCGGUGCUGGGCGACCUGGGCCGCAGCCCGCGGAUGCAGUACCACGCGCUCUCGCUGGCCCGGCACGGACGCGGCGUCGCGCUGCUGGGCUACCUCCAGAGCAGGCCGCACGGCGACGUGCUGAGGAGCGGGAAGAUACGGCUGGUGCCCGUGGCGGAGCUGCGGGGGCUGCGAGUUGGCCCGAAGCUUUUCCAGUAUGUCGUAAAAGUCAUUGUGCAGGCAAUACAAUUACUGUACACAAUGCUGAAGAUAGAUCAGCCAUCCUAUAUUCUUCUUCAGAAUCCUCCAGGGUUACCUAGCAUAGCUGUUGCCUGGGUAGCAUGUCUUUUCUGGAGAAGCAAACUGAUAAUUGAUUGGCACAACUAUGGAUAUACUAUAAUGAGUCUGAAUCAUGGAAGAAAUCACCCGCUAGUACAAAUUGCAAAAUGGUAUGAAAAGCUUUUUGGGCGUUUGUCUGACUAUAACUUGUGUGUCACUAAUGCAAUGAAAGAAGAUCUGUGGGUGAAUUGCAACAUAAAGGCAGUAACGCUGUAUGACAAGCCAGCUUCUUAUUUUAAGGAAACGCCAUUAGAACUUCAACAUCAUUUGUACAUGAAACUUGCCAAAGACUACGAGGCUUUUAAGCCACGUACAGAGUCUGUCAGUUCGGAUGCUGAGAGGUCUGCCUUUACAGAAAUGGAUGAAAAAAAUGGACACGUGAUAAAAACCAGAGGACGGCCAGCUCUUCUAAUCAGCAGCACAAGCUGGACAGAGGAUGAAGACUUUUCAGUCCUUUUAAAAGCUUUAGAAGAUUAUGAGCGGUAUAUCAAUGAGGGAGUCAAGCUUCCAUCUUUAGUAUGUGUGAUAACAGGUAAAGGACCUCUAAAAGACUACUACAAUGGACUGAUAAGUAAACUGUGCUUUAAACAUAUCCAGAUCUGUACACCAUGGCUUGAAGCUGAGGAUUACCCUCUUUUGCUUGGCUCAGCAGACCUGGGGGUGUGUCUCCAUAAAUCAUCUAGUGGUUUGGAUUUACCCAUGAAGGUGGUAGAUAUGUUUGGCUGUUGUUUACCUGUGUGUGCAAUAUAUUUUGACUGUUUACAUGAACUUGUGAAGCACAAUGAAAAUGGUCUGAUAUUUAGGGACUCGAAUGAACUUGCAGAACAACUAAAGAUGCUUUUCUUGGGAUUUCCUACACUGGAAGGCAAACUUCACAACUUCAGAAAAAACCUUCGUGCGUCCAAGCAGCUGCGCUGGGAUGAGAGUUGGGACCAGACUGUUCUUCCUUUGCUUGGGCAGAAUGAAUGACUUUUUGUUGGGGAGGAGGGUGUCAAAAAAGCUAAUACAUUCCUGGAGCUGCAUAGAUUUGAUAAAUAGUGAAUAAACACUUUGUAUUGUCUAUAGCUGCAGUUUUUUUAACUACUUCAUCUUGGAACAAGUGUUUGGACACACCUCUUCCUUUACAAUUUGAGUUUCUCCUGUGAGUAAGAAUAGUGCUGAAGGUGCAGCCGAGGCUAUUUGUUGUGUGCUAACAGUGUAAGUCUUGAGGGAAGACGUGGUUCCUGUGGUGAAGAGCUUGAGCCUUGCCAUCUGGACUGCCUUUCCUUCCUUAUCACUUGGGAUCAAUCUUUAGAAAGUGGGAGGGAGGUUUAGUUACUCUAGGAACUCAUAUGUGCAAAAUCUGUUACCUGUGCUGCUUAAAAGUCACUUUUUGGUGAAGAUACUUGAAUACCUGUAUAAACUAUUACCAGUUACACCUGUUGUACAGUAAGCACUUCAGUAGGCGAUUUGGGUAUGUUUUCUUGUAAAUGGGAGAUGCAUUUUAUUUGAGUUGUUUUAUUUGCACUGAGGAUACAGUGAGGUUUUUAUUUUUUCAACCAGUUAAUAUUCUUGGCUAGUCUUCCCUAGACAAGCGCUGCAUAUCCUCUUGUAUGAUUUUAUUGAGAAAGAACCAUUUCGUUUCAAAGUUGUUUUCCUUUUUACAGUGUGUGCAAGAAUGUGAAAGCACAGCCAGUGGUAUGAGACAGCUUUAUUGAACGCUUAGAGGAAGACAGACCUUUCAGUGAGUGUUGUCCUUGUACACUGAAGUGAAUGUGCCCAUUUACCUUGAGAAAGAAUAUAAAAUUUAUCCCUUUUUGAACAGAUGAAUAGAAAAGGAAAAAAUCAAAACGUAUUAUUGAAGUAUGUAUAACUUAAUAAAAAGGCCCUUCACUUUGAGUGCUCACUCAGGUACACCCUUCAUCUUUUUAUUGUUAGUAUUCAUAUGCAGACCUAACGCUUACAA